GGUCCGGAGCAGGGAGGAACAGGCGCUGUGGUCCUCAGUUCCAUAAUCACCUCCUCUUGCCUUCUUGCCAGUGAGAUUGCCACACUCCAGGAGCAGCUGAUGACCUCAGAGGCCACUGUCCACAGCCUGCAGGCCGCCGUGCACCAGAGGGACAAACUCAUUAGGCAGUUGCAGCCCCGGGCUGAGUUACUGCAGGACAUCUGCCGCCGCCGACCACCCCUGGCCGGGCUGCUGGCUGCCCUGGCUGAGGCUGAGCGCCUAGGGCCCGUGCCGGCCAGUGACCCCGGCCACCCAUCCCCCGGUGGGCCUGGUCCACCCCUUGCCAAUAGCACUGGGGAAGAGGCGGACAGGGACCACCUCCAGCCUGCGGUGUUUGGGACCACAGUGUGA